AUGACAGUCAAUGUAUUCUCAGUCCCCAUAUUUCUCGUGGUCUUCCGCGAGGCACUCGAGACGGUCAUCAUCGUUUCGGUGUUGAUGGCCUUCUUGAAACAAACCCUGGGCGGCCCCGAAGGCGACCAGCGUGUCUACAAGAUCCUUCGAAGACAAGUCUGGCUCGGCGUAGGUAUAGGCCUCUUGCUCUGUCUAGUUGUAGCAGGCAUCAUCAUUGGCGUCUUCUACGGUGUCGGCCGCGUGAGCUGGGAAGCCAACGAGUACUAUUAUGAGGGAUCGUUUGCCCUUUUUGCCUCUAUUAUCAUCACUCUCAUGGGAGUAGCCCUCUUGCGUGUCGGAAAGAUGCAGCAAAAGUGGCGCAUCAAGCUCGCCAAGGCUCUCGAGGCCCCAAUCAACAAGGGCGGCAAGAAGGGACGGUUCAAGCGAUUUGCCGAAAAGUACAUCAUGUUUGUCCUGCCCUUCAUUACCAUUCUCCGCGAGGGCAUCGAAGCCAUCGUGUUUGUGGCUGGCGUCACCUUCUCCGCCCCUGCAUCUGCCGUUCCCCUUCCAGUCAUUGUUGGUUUGAUCGCAGGUAUCGCCGUCGGUUUCCUGCUGUACAAGAGUGGCGCCUCCACCAGAAUCCAGGUCUUCCUUGUUGUUUCGACCUGCCUGUUGUACCUUGUUGCCGCAGGCCUCUUCUCUCGCGCCGUGUGGUUUUUCGAGGCGCAAAAGUGGAAUGACGCCGUAGGAGGCGAUGCGGCCGAAGUCGGCAGCGGCCCUGGCUCAUAUGAUAUCGAUAAGAGCGUCUGGCACCUCAACUGCUGCAACCCCGAGCUGAACGGCGGAGGCGGCUGGGGUGUUCUGAAUGCCAUCUUCGGAUGGAACAACUCGGCUACCUAUGGCUCCGUCAUCUCAUACAAUGUAUACUGGAUCUUUGUCAUGACCUGGUUGAUCCUUCUCCGUUUCAAGGAGGUCAAGGGCAGGUGGCCAUUGAUGAAGGCAAAGGCGGUCCCUCAGCCACCUUCAUCCAGCCAUUCGGGGUCGUUGGAUUCGCCCGACAACCACGAGAAGCAGAGUCCAGAAGCCACUGUAGCUUCAAGUACUGCCCAUUAG